GUAUCCUUCAAGGCCACAGCCCACAAGAACCGUCGAGUUUAACGUUUUUACUUCCUACGAAGUACAAACAAACUUCCUUAGCUUUUAUCGUGUCCGAACUUUGUCUCGAAUGGCUUCCUUUUCAUUCUCUUUACUCCCUAAAACCCUACACCCUCCUUCAUCACAAAUUCACAAUCCCUUAAACCCUCCAUUUUUCACCAACCCACAUCUCUCCUUUCUCGCCAACCGACAACCCCACAAUCAUGGAAGUAGAAUCACAGCAACCCAUUAAAAAACCUUGCGAUUAAAGCUGCCAUUGAUGGAGAUUACUCAGCUAAGAGGAGUAGCAACAAUAAUGGUGAACAAAGGGAGACGAUAAUGUUACCUGGUUGUGAUUACAAUCAUUGGCUGAUUGUUAUGCAGUUCCCUAAAGACCCUGCUCCUACUAGAGAACAAAUGAUUGAUACUUAUCUUGAAACUCUUGCUACUGUUUUAGGAAGCAUGGAAGAAGCAAAAAAGAACUUGUACCACAACCUACACUGGCUUCCAAUGUACUGUAGAUGAAGAAACAUCUGAAAAAUUCAAGGGAUUGCCUGGAGUUUUGUGGGUGUUGCCUGAUUUCGACAUAGAUGUUAAAAACAAGGAUUAUGGAGGGGAUAAGUAUAUCAAUGGUGAGAUUAUUCCUUGCAAGUAUCCCAGUUACCAAACUAAGCAAUGCAAUACGUCUAAAUAUGAAAGCAAAAGGUACAAGAGAAAGCGAGAUGGUCCUCCUGGAACUACCAGAAAACCAAGACAAGAGACCGCCCCCUCUGAAUCAUCCUCUUCAUGAGGUUGUAAAACUGUAUUCGGAAACUUCAUAUCUUUUGGAGAUAUUAGUUGCAUUUUGCUAAAUACGGACGAACAGUCAUGUAUUCAUGGGCAAGUGAAAUUUUGCACAAUUGAUAUGGUGGAAGGAUGAAGAUCCCAAUUACUAGCAAAAUGGUCCGAUCCUCAGUACUUAGAAUCAGAGCUAUUUGUCACGCAUGGCUCGUAGCCCCCACACGAGACAGAGGCACGAAACUUGGUAUCCGGGUGUCUUACAUCAAAAGAAGGUUAUAGAGACUUCCGGAAUCAUCAAGAACCUUGUGGAGCAUAUGGGUUUAGAACAACCCACACUAGAAGGUUCCGGAGAACUCUUGAAGGAGCCUUGUAAAUAUCUAGUGUCUAGAAUUCUCUAGGCAACUCUUGUACAUACUUUAGAGUAUCUUAACACUUGUAAUUAUGUAGAAUUCUCUAGAAAAAUGUAAUUUAGAUCCCUCCAUUUGAGGAGGUUAGAAUGUUCUAGAAGUAGGACAAGUAGUAAGGGGUGUUGCCUAUAAAUACCCCAAGGCAUUCAUUUGUACACAACAACUUGAGAGUUCACUUGUAAAGCUUUCCUUGUGCAAUACAUAAACCUAACUUACAUUUCCCAACUCUUGUGUUCCUACUUACUUCACAUCUUCUCAAAGUCUUAGCCAAAUCCACACAAACACACCAACUACAUCAUUUAGCAAUACACCUUUGGGGUUUGCCUGACUUGUCUUACGACGGGAGUGUAAGCAAGUGGCACACGUAAGACUAGGGAAAGAGUCGACACGUGACAAGUGGUAUCAGAGCCAGGUUGGCCGUAUUGCUGUCAGGUUGUGUAGUUGUUCUAACGUUUGCGUGAUAAUGGCAUCAAAGGACAAGGAGAGUGCUGUUCUCCUAGGAGAGGAGUCACAAAUCACUAGGAAGACCUCAAAGAAGGAUCUUGAGGCAAGAGUGGCUAAGUUGGAGAUAAGCCUCGGGGAUGCCCUCGACGACAUCACUAAGCUUGAAGAACGGGUCGGGGCUUUGGAGGACAAGGAAGAUGAGGUAGCCCAAAGCCUUGUGAAUCAGGUGCUACGCUCGGAGAUGGGAGCCAUUCGUGACUCCCUUGGUGGGGAGCUCCAAGCUGUGAAGGAGCUCGUUGAGUCCCUCAAGGGGGACAUCACCUUGUGCAAGGCGGCGGUGGCCGGGGGUGCCAUUGUUCGUGAAGGCCCUAAGAUGAAGAUUCCCGAGCCGCCUAAGUACCAUGGGAAGCGCGAUGCUAGGGAGCUCGACAACUUCCUAUGGAGCAUUGAAAGGUACUUCGAUGCAAUGCGGGUGGACGAUGAUUCAUCCAAGAUAAACACCACCACAAUGUAUUUAGGGGACGAUGCCAUCCUAUGGUGGAGAAGACGCGAGUCAGAUAUUAAAAAGAGGACUUUUACCAUCAACACAUGGGAAGAGUUCAAGGCCGACUUCAAGAGGCAAUUCUAUCCAGAAAAUGUGGAGGAGGUGGCCAUGAAGAAGCUUCGGGGGUUGAAGCAUACAAGUACUAUUAAAGAGUACGUAAAGCAAUUUUCAUCCCUUAUGUUGGAGGUGACGGAGUUACCCGAGAAGGAACAACUUCUCUACUUUAUGGAUGGUCUACAACGAUGGGCCGAGCAAGAGUUAAAGAGGCGUAAUGUACAAACGCUCGCUGAAGCCAUCGCAGCAGCCGAGUCCUUAAUUGAGUACAAGCAAGACUCAAAGAAGGAUAAGAGCAACAAGAAGGGCGGUGACAAGGGGAAAGGUGGGGGAGCCAAACUCACUAAAGACCGCGGGAAUGGGGGAGGCAAGCCAUUUGAGAAGAAGGACAAAGGGAAAUCCGACUCCGAUGGCAAAUUUAAAAACCGCGAUUGUUUCUUGUAUGGAGGCCCACACUUUGCAAGGGAAUGCCCACAGCGGCAAAAACUCAAUGCCAUGGUAGCAGCACAUGAGCAAGACUCCGGGAAGGAGGUGUAA